UGCGGCCUCGGCGCGGCCGGCGGGUUGGUGAGCGGAGCAGGCCCCGCCCCUUUCUCCUGAGCCGCCGCGUCGCGCCGCCGCCGGGGGAGGAUGAGGAGCGCGGGGCGGCGCUGCCGAGGGACUCGAGCCUCAGCCGAGCUCCAGUGACCGCCCGAGCCGCCCGCCUGCGCGGAGGAGCCGGGCGAGGCCGGAGCGGCGCCCCCACUGCCCGGGGGCGGGUGAUCGCGGCGCUUGGAUGCCCGCUGCCUAGUGGGGACCCCCGGCCCGGCUCCCCCGGGACAGAGACCCGCGCCCGCCAUGGGAUGCUGCAGCUCGGCCGCACACAGCUCCAAACGAGAAUGGAAGCCUCUGGAGGAUCGCAGUUGCACAGAUAUACCAUGGCUGUUGCUGUUCAUCCUCUUUUGUGUUGGAAUGGGUUUUAUUUGUGGCUUUUCAAUAGCUACUGGAGCAGCUGCAAGAUUGGUUUCAGGAUAUGACAGUUAUGGAAAUAUCUGUGGACAGAAGAAUGUAAAGGUGGAUGGAAUAGCCAAUAGUGGUUUAGACCUCACACAAAAGAAGUAUGUGUUCUUUUUGGAUCCAUGCAAUGUAGACCUGGUACAUCGGAAGAUCAAAUCCAUUGCUCUGUGUGUAGCAGCUUGCCCAAGGAAAGGGCUAAAAACUUCGGCUGAUGUUCAGAAAUUUGCAGAAGCUAAUGGAUUAAAUUUAUGUAGCUAUGAACUACCGUCAUCUGAGAACACUAGAGAUUCACAGGCCUCGAAGCUUUGUCCUAAGCUCCCGAUUCCAGAGAGUGCACCUAUUCCAUUCUUCCAUCGCUGUGCUCCUGUGAACAUUUCCUGCUAUGCCAAGUUUGCAGAGGCCCUGAUCACCUUUGUCAGUGACAAUAGUGUCUUACACAGGCUGAUUAGUGGAGUUAUGACCAGCAAAGAGAUUAUAAUGGGACUUUGCUUGUUAUCACUAGUGCUGUCCAUGAUUUUGAUGGUGAUAAUCAGGUACAUUUCAAGAGUACUGGUUUGGAUCUUAACAAUUGUUGUCGUUUUGGGAUCGCUUGGAGGCACAGGAGUCCUGUGGUGGCUGUAUGCUAAGCAAAGAAACUUUGUCAGUGAAACUCUUACUGCUGAUCAGCUUCAAGUAGCCAAAGACAAUCUUCAGGCUCUCCUGGUCUAUGCCAUUUCAGCGACUGUCUUCACGGUUAUCUUGUUCUUGAUAAUGUUAAUUAUGCGCAAGCGAGUAGCUCUCACCAUUGCCUUGUUCCACGUGGCUGGCAAAGUUUUCAUUCACCUGCCACUGCUAGUCUUCCAGCCCUUUUGGACUUUCUUUGCCCUCAUCCUGUUUUGGAGCUACUGGAUCAUGGUCCUGCUUUUCCUUGGCACUACAGGUAGCCCUGUCCUAAACGAACAAGGGUUUGUGGAAUUCCGGGUUUUGGGCCCUCUACGAUACAUGUGGUGGUACCAUGUGGUAGGGCUGAUCUGGAUCAGUGAAUUUAUUCUAGCAUGUCAACAGAUGACUGUAGCUGGGGCUGUUGUGACAUACUAUUUCACAAGGGAGAAACAGAAUCUGCCAUUUACUCCUAUUCUGGCAUCAGUAAAUCGCCUUGUCUGUUACCACCUAGGAACAGUGGCAAAAGGUUCUUUCAUUAUCACACUAGUGAAGAUUCCACGAAUGAUCCUUAUGUAUAUUCAUUCCCAACUCAAAGGAAAAGAAAAUGCCUGUGCUCGAUGUAUGCUGAAAGCUUGCAUCUGCUGCCUUUGGUGUCUAGAAAAGUGCCUGACUUACUUAAAUCAGAAUGCAUAUACAGCCACAGCUAUCAAUAGCACCAACUUCUGCACCUCAGCAAAGGAUGCCUUUGUCAUUCUAGUGGAGAAUGCUCUGCGAGUGGCUGCCAUUAACACAGUAGGAGACUUCAUGCUGUUCCUGGGAAAGGUCCUGAUUGUUUGCAGCACAGGCUUGGCAGGGGUUAUGUUGCUGAACUACCAGCGGGAUUACACAGUGUGGGUGCUGCCUCUCAUCAUCGUCUGCCUCUUUGCUUUCCUGGUUGCUCACUGCUUCCUGUCAAUUUAUGAAAUGGUCGUGGAUGUCCUCUUCUUAUGUUUUGCCAUUGAUACAAAAUACAACGAUGGAAGCCCUGGUAGAGAAUUCUACAUGGAUAAAAUUCUCAUGGAGUUUGUGGAGAACAGUAGAAAAUCAAUGAAAGAAGCUGGCAGGGGAGGUGGAGCUGAAGGCAGAGAGCUAAAACCAAUGGUAGGUGCAGAUGAGGAGGUGACCAUCCUCCAAGAAUUUCACUUUUACUUCCUCUCCCUCUCUGUCUUUACUGACUGCACUUCUUCAGGGGAAGUUUUUGUUCUUUGUAUCACUCAAGAUGUUCUGCUUUUUCUGUUUGUGAGCUUGCCUAUCACCUGGAUGGCAGAGUUUUUGUCACAGCUGAGACCAUCUCCUGUAAAAGUAAGCUGAAAGAAACUGUAUCUUGUGAAAUAGAACUACAGUGGAAGAAUCAGUUGAAUUAGGAUCAGGAUUGCAGCAGUGCCCACUAAACGCUAGUUGGUGCACACAGAAGAGUCAUCUUAUUUUGUAAGAUCUGUGGGGUAGGGUGUAUGAUUAAUUACUAGCAUAGCCCAACUUAAUCCUCUUUCCAUUGGUGAACUAAAUUCUGAAUUUUGCAUUCAGUAUAAAAGCCUGAAGGAAGCUUAGGAGCUGUCCCUUAAAACAAUGGGGCCAUGAAUGUCAGGGUCACACCAAAUGAUUUAAACUGUGGCGAGGGAUUGGAUACAGUGAUUCCUUUCAACCUGCUUAAAAUAACAUUUCUCCCAGUUUUGUUUUUUAUUGCUAACUAUUUAUGUUGCUGUCUCUUGCGCUCUCUGUUUCCAUCUCACAUUGUCAGAUACAGGGACAAUGCAUCACUUAUGCUUCUGAAGUCUUAACCACCACCAGUUUUCACUCACGCUGUGCCUAUUUGAAAGGCAUUGCAUGUUUAAGUAUCCUGUAAUAAGGAACAUCUGUAACUAAUACAAAUAAUGGAGUUAUCCAUCUUGCAAGGUGAGCUUGGGACUUGGAGAACUGGGAGCCAGGCUUUCUGUGUAUAAGAGAUGGGCAGGUCUGACUGAACUAGUUAGAGAUGAGCCUGUUAAUACUGAUGCUAGAACAGCAUUUCCUAUUACGUCAGUACCUGCCAUAGGGUAUAGUGGGGUUUAUGUUGAUUCCUCCAACAGUAGGUAGUAACUCUUUUAAAUCAUAAAAAGUAAUGAAAUCAAAAUACAUUUCCUCAUAGUAGACAAUUCCUUUUUAAUAUGGCAUAUAUAAAGCCAUGCUGUGCCAGCACUUUGACCUAGAAAGAUUGAGUCCCUGCUCUCUGAUCAACUCUGUAACUGUGAGGCGUGUUAUGCUACGUUAUUUAUACAAUCAGUUCUAGCAUACCAACCUAGAUUAGAAAUGGUCUUUCAUUAUUAUGGGUGCCAAGAGUUGGUUACUGUUGUCGUCUUUAGAAUUGUGCAGAGUAAUUCCCAUGCACAACUUCUACAGCGUACAGACACAAUCCAGUGACAGUGGUUUGACUCACUUAUGUGUGGUUUAGCUCAAAUUUCCCCUUGCACAGUCUUCUGGAGGGCCAACGUUUUAGCCAUGACUGGCCUUUCUCCACCUUAAAGUAUUCAUUAAAGCAUACGUGCUGUUCUAUAUCUAAAUAUAGAACAAGAAAGUUUUCAUAUAUAUGAUCUACCAUUUUCUUCAAGGAGUAAUUCCAACUAAGUGAACAUUAGAAGCAACUACUGGGAUUUUCAAAUCUAUCUAAGGGUAUGCACAGCUCCCAUUAAAAUUAGUGGGAAUUAGGUGUCCAAAUCUUCUAAGCAGCCUUGAAAGUCCUAACCUAAAACUUUACUCCGCUCCCAAUUCAGAGUACUGGUUUACAUCAAGUAGUGUCCUAAUAACGUCCACUUUAUAGCUCGUGCACACUACUAAAGAUACUAAAAGCUGUUGGUCCAGCACUUUCAGACUUGGUUGCUUAAGCUUGGUUCCUACCUCCAUAAGUAGACCCUGUGAAAAGACAGGCUGCGCAUCCCCACUGACACAGCCUUCAGAGGGAACUAUGCAUGCUCAACGCCCUUGGAAGUCAGGCCUCUUGUUUAGGAACCUACCUUUAGGCCACUCAGGUUUUGAAAUUUAUCUUUUAGUUCCUUACAGAGGAUUGCUAGAGAGAUGGUGUGAGCGUGGGACAGGAAGGCAGGAACUCCUACAUUGUAUUUCCAGUUCUGAUACUAACUUGAUUGCCUUGCACAAAUCAUCAGGCCAUAUUUUCUGAAGUGGCUUUCAAUUUUGGGGUGCCUAAUUUCAGCUGCAUGGAGUCCAGAAAAGCAGGAAUUGACCACUAAUAUGGAUAACGAGAACAUCCAGAGCUCUAAUAGUUAAUGCUGACCUUUUGGAAAGGAUCUAAAACCUCAUGCUUCAGGGUUGAAGCCCAUCUCUAACUAUUAGAGAUUAGGAUAAAACUUUCAUGGGGCGAGGCAGAUUAUCUCACACCUGCCUACUGUGAAAUUUGUUGCACCUUUCUCUGAAGGCUAUUAUCAGAGAGGGUACUGGAUAAGAUGGACCAUAGUUCUGAUCUGGUCCAGCAUUUCCUCUGUUUCUAAAGUGGAAAUUAAAGUCCAAAAAUUAAAGGCCACUUUUGGGAGUUUGGGCCUUCACUGCUUUGCCUCAGUUCCCUCAUUUAUAAAGUAGAGGGAAUCUCUCAAGAGUUUCAGAGUAGCAGCCGUGUUAGUCUGUACCCGUAAAAGGAAAAGGAGGACUUGUGGCACGUUAGAGACUAACAAAUUUAUUAGAGCAUAAGCUUUCAUGAGCUACAGCUCACUUCAUCGGAUGCCUCAAGUACUCCUUUUCUUCUCUCAAGAGUGUGAAGGAUUAGUUCAAAAAUUUAAAUGGCUACCUAGAAUUACACUUCUUAAAAAUCUGAGUGGAAACAUUUAGGAGUUGUCAUUUCUAAAGAGACUGUGUAGGUUCAAGAACAAGGCAUUUCAAAUUUUACUAUUUGUAGUGAUCCUUUUCGAUCAAUUUCUUCAGUUGUCCAUUGCCAUGUGUCUAAGACUGUACUAUAUGACUUUGUU